AUGAGGAAGCGAACGGUUGUGAUGUAUGUAGAGAUUGGUUGUUUUGUGUCCUGUUUGUGUGGCUGGGUUUUGAUUUGUUCCACUCUGGCCACUGAUUAUUGGAUUGUGUCAGAAAGCAGCAACGUCGUUCUUGAAGCCGGCGAAUACUAUUCAAAUAUCUGGAAGGACUGUGUCUCAGACAGUACAGGAGUAUCUGACUGUAAAUACUACCCCUCUAUGAUGGACCUGUCUGUCUUCCUCCAUGUGAGCAGAGCUCUGGCUGUCAUCUCUGUAAUUUUAGGCUUCUGGGGGGCUGUGCUUGCCCUCAUUGGGAUGAAGUGUACCAAAAUCGGAGGCUCUGAGCUUGCUAAUGCCAGGGUGAUAUUUGUGGCAGCACUGACGUACAUGGCAUCUGGGUUCUGUGGUAUGACAGUGUACUCCAUGUGGGGAAAUAAAGCACGCACAGACUUUUUGGAUCCAUAUUACUUAGGAUUCAAAUUUGAGCUCGGCGCAGCUCUGUUCAUCGGUUGGGGAGGUUCAUGUCUGGUUAUAAGUGGGAGUGCAGUUAUGUGCUAUUUCUCUGGACGAGAGUCAUUCCCCCAAAGGCUCACUAAGAAACCCAGAAGACCACCAACCUACAUGACAGCACGUACCAGACAGACAAACAUGAUGCCAGGCUCGUCCAGACCCAUGACAGUCAUCAUGCCACCUUUAUACCAACCAAACGGAGAGAGUAGGGGAAGUACAUACAGUUAUGGUCAGACAGGAAUACAAGGAAGUCAAUCUUCAAGAACUGUAAGGCCCACUCGGCCCCCUAUUGACUCAGCUGUGUAACAAAGUUAAAAGAAACUAAUUGUUUUUAAAAACCUAAAUAAAAAUGGGGGGACCACAAAUUAAAAUUAUAAGGCAAUCAAUUCCAAAUGCAACAUGCCUUUUCCUUGUACCUCACUACUAAUGUACAUGAAUCUUAUAUCUACAGGUUUCUCUUAUAAAGUCUUUGUCUUAUAAACAUGAACACUGUCAAUAUCAGACUUAUCUAGACAAGUAAUGAAAAGCUGUUUUUGUAUGGUUGUAUAUUUUUUGUAUAGGUUGUAUAGCCAUCUGAACCAAGUUAUUAUGGAGAGUAUUAUUUACAUGUUUAAUAAUUUUUUAACAGAAUUUAGGAUUUCUAUACAAAUGCACAAUGAUGACUAAGACUUUAUAAAUAUUACAGCUUCACGUUCUGUUAAAGCAUGAUUUUUUGUAAAGCUGCUUUAAUGUGUGUUGUGAAA